GACCGUUCUGAUAUUGGAAUUUCGGUGUCCUUCUCCCCCUUGUUUGCACCUGAUUUCACCCCAAAUUCUAUCCCUCCCAUCGGUAGCGCCUCGCCGCCGGCGACGGGACACAGCAAGCCAGUCCCCCGCCUCCGCCCGCCGUAGUUUCCUCUCGCUCAGAGGCGUCGCCGCCCUCGUCCUCCUCCCCGCUUCCACUGCCUCAGAGCGGAGAUUCACCCAUCCGGACUCGGAUUGGUUCCUUCUCCUGUUGGUGGUGGCUCCUCUUCUCCUUGAGCGCGUGUGAUCAAUCUCAUUUGGUGCUCCAUGUCCCACGUCGAGCCCGCCGCCGCUGGCGCGGCCCAGGGCGGCGAAGGGGCGAUCGUGGCGCAUGAAGACGGCGGCGGCGGAGGCGGAGACGUGGCCACCUCGGAAGCGCAGGUGGCUGUGAUCAUCUCCAACACCGGCGACGAGGCGGCGGCGGGGAUGCGGGGGGAUUACGGCGACGUGGCCGAGAAUGAGGAGGAGGCCGCAGAGGUGCAGGGCAGCAAGGAGGGCACGGAGGAGCUGCUCCGGAAGGUGGUGUACAGCGAGGAGGCCGCAUACAAGCUCUACUGCGACUACGGCCACCGCAUGGGGUUCAGCAUCCGCAAGGGGAAGCAGUCCUACUUCACCGGCACCAAGCGGAUCAGGACCAAGGACUACUUCUGCUCCAAGGAAGGGCUUAAGGAAGGGGAGAAGCUUACCAAUGCGAAUUUCAAUGACCCACACACCAGGACUAAUUGCAGGGCAAUGGCGCGGUUCAGGGUGAACGACCAGGGGGAGUGGAAGGUCAUUCGGCUGGUCUCCGAUCACAACCACAACCUGGCGAGGCCUGAGGAACGGCAUCUUUUGCGUUCUGCAAGGUCGCUUAUAGCAGGGCGGUCGAGUUCUGUUGAGGCGAUGUUGUAUGCGGAGUAUCAGGUGCAGGGUGCUCCUCCACAAUUGCCCGCGGGUAGUACUAGUGCAACCAACAAUGCGGAGACUUCGAAGCAGGAUUUGCUUCUUGGUUACAGUACUGUGGUGAAAACAGCGGCUGUAGGGACUGGAGAUUUGCAGAGCCUUGUGAGCCACCUGAAGAGGAGGGCAAAUGAGGAUGGCAUGUUCUACUGGGAUGUUCAAUUGGAUCGAGGCGGUCGGAUGACUAAUUUCUUUUGGCGCGAUGGAAGGAGCAGGAUUGACUAUGACUGUUUCAGUGAUGUGGUCGUGUUCGAUUCUACUUACCGCUUAAACAAACAGAACUUGAUAUGUGCACCUUUUGUUGGCGUGAACCACCAUUGGCAGACCACUAUGUAUGGCUGUGCGCUCUUAGCUGAUGAGUCAAUGUCAACUUUUGUAUGGCUGUUCAAAUCUUUCUUGGAGUCCAUGGGGAACCGGCAUCCUCGAUCUAUUUUCACCAAUCAAGAUCAAGUUGUGUCGAAAGCAAUUGAGGAGGUUUUUCCAAAUACAUGCCAUCGCAUUGCUCACUGGCACAUCCAAAAAAAUGCCGCUUCUCGUCUUGGCGCUCUUAAUGGUUCAAAAGUGUUUACUAAGAUGUUCACCAAGUGCAUGCAGGGAUGUGACUCGGAAGCUGAGUUUGAGGAAACAUGGGCUGAAAUGCUCCAUCAUUUUAAGUUGCAGGACAAUAAGUGGCUUAAAAAAUUGUAUAAGCUCAAGCAGAAGUGGUGCAGUGCUCUCAACAAGUGCACCUUUGAUGGUGGGGUUGAGAAUGAGCCACAAUGUGACAGUAUGAGUACUAUACUCAAUGGCAUUGCUGAUAAAUUGACCUCUCUUUCUGCAAUUGCUGUUGCUGUGGAUAAACAAGCUGAAGAUUGGAGGGAAAAAGAACUUGAUGAGGACACACGGUGUUGCCAAAAGCCACCUGCUUGUGUUAUAAAACACAGUGAUAUUUUGAAUCAUGCAGCAAAAGUUUAUACACACAGAAUCUACAAGCUGUUUGAGAUGGAUUUUCUUGAUGGGUGUGGUGCCACAAAAUUCAAGGAGCUUCAGUGUGAAGAUAAUAACACAUAUCAAUUUGAGAUGACCAUGCAAGGGCGAGGAUCAAGAGUCUGCACAGUUCAUUUCAAUAUGUCUACGAUGCAACUCAGUUGCAGCUGCAGUAAGUUUGAGACAAUGGGUUUACUUUGCCCGCAUGCUCUGAAAGCUCUUAGUAUCAAGAAUGCAUGCAAAAUCCCAGAAAGUUACAUACUGAAGCGGUGGACCAAGGAUGCGAAGAAAUGGGUUUUUAACCCAAAACAACAUGAAUUAUCAUAUCAGGAAUGUAUGGAUGAUGAAGCCGCAUACUGCAACUAUGUUAUGCGAUAUGCUUAUGACCUUGUGAUGAAGAGCCAAGGGCAGGAGGAAUCGAGGAAAUCGCUGUGGGAAACUCUUGAGAGUGGUGAGAAAGAAUUGGAGAAAUUCCUAGGAAAUGCUGCCAAAUAUGCACCUUCUUAUGCCACUUAAAGAAUCACUAAUUAACCUUCUGGCCUUAUUUGUUGACGAUGAGCAAGAUGUACUUCCUGGUUCUUUGGAAGAUGAAUGCAGAACUUCUGACUCAAACUGUACUCUUAAGAAAUGAAGUAGAAGUUUUUCAAACAAUAUACAAGUUUGAAAGUUUUUAUGUUUUCAACUUCUUCCCUGCACUUUACUUGAUAUUCCGAUCUUUGGUACCACAUCUGUCAAUACCCAUGAAGCAGUGAUGUUAGUUGAGCUUUUAUGAUGAAAAUGCACUAGUGAUUUUUAGCUA